AUGCGAGUGAUUACUCUCUGUGUCUCAGCUCUACAAGUCCUAUUACUCUCUCAAGCCGCUCCAGUCACUCUCCCGAACACUUUACUCCCCGAUGGUUAUCCUAACCCAUCUCCCGCCCAAUUGAAAGCCAUCGAACAACAAGCCCUGGGUACUCUGUCCAAUCGUACACUCCCUGCCACUUUACACAACCAAGAAUCACUCAACAACUUCCGUAUAAUCAACUUUAACGAAUAUUUUGAAGCUGUAUUUUUCGCUCAAUUCUUACACAACGUCACCAACAAUGUGACGGGUUUCGAAGUACCUCAUACGAUCGAUAGGGAUAUCCUCAUCGCGGAAUUAUCGGCAGCUCAGGCGCAAGAGGAAUUACACACUAUCAACGCGAUUCAUGCUUUGCAACAUUAUGGAGCAAACCCUAUUCAACCUUGUAAAGUGUACAAAUUUCCCGUUAAUAAUUUCCAACAAGGUGUUCUGUUCGCCAUGACUUGGACUAGUCUUGUCAUGUCCACUCUUCAGGACAUCAUCCAAGAUUUUGCUGAAAAUGGCGAUGCUCCAUUCACAGCGACGAUCGCCUCCACCUUGGGACAAGAAGGUGCACAGGCUGGAUACUACAGACUGCUUCUAGGCCGAACUCCAAACUCUCUUCCAUUCCUCACUCGUUCCAUCCGUUCAUUCGCAUUCUCUAUCCUCAACCAAUUCAUAGACUUUUCCACUUGUCCCAACGUAAACGAAAUCACCAUCCCUCUUUUCAAACAUAUCACCGUACUCGAUACUCCAGGUCCCGUUGACAAUCCCGCCAUUCGUUUUGCAGUCAACACGGCCGACGUCGUCACUGGCAAAACCUACUAUGUAGUGUACAUAAACCAACAAAACUUACCAGUAGUGGUGCCCGCGGUUCACAAGUCGGAUCAAGGUGGUACUACAGUCUUCACGGGUGCGUGGCCAUACACGGAACAUCUGAUGAAUGGUCUCACCAUUACUAUCAUCAGUGACAACGCUGGUCCAUAUGCGGACGCGCAAGCUGCGGCGGAUGAAGCUAUCUUCGCUCCUGGGUUGAUCAUUGUCAAUUGAUCAGGCGCUUCAAUGGUGUGAACAUAAGUAGAGAAGGGAGAUGUGAUAUGGCGGUUAAGUAUAUAAGUAUGCGACUCUUUGGUGUAUAAACGAAAAGUAAGAGUAGACAUGCCGUUGACAUGCAGGUAACCUGGUAAAGUGG